CACAAGCAUCGAUCCUAACUUGUCAUUCAGAGUUUUACAAUCCCAGAUAAGUGUACAUUUUACAGGGCGCGUUUUGGCAGAUACAAAUAAGGAAGAAUGGAGUCAUCACACAAGCUUUUCCCGGCCGUUGCCAUCCUCCUCCUGCUCGUCGUCGCCACCGAGGUGGCGCCAGCGCAGGCACGAGAGUGUGAGACAGAGAGCGAGCGGUUCAACGGGCUGUGCUUCGUGUCCGAAAACUGCGCCGGUGUGUGCGUUGCGGAGGGGUUCACCGGUGGCAAGUGCUCCGGCUUGAAGAGGAGGUGCAUGUGCACGAAGGAGUGCUAGACGAUAUCAUGAUAUAUUUAGGUGGUUGGACGGCGACAAUUAUGAACUUAUUCUUUGCAUGGUUUGAAUUACCUUUGUUCGUAUGUUUGAUAAAGUUCCAGGUUCACCG